UGCUUUGAAACGAUUAUUGACUAGUUUUCCUCUUGUGAAUCAAAAUGCUGAAAAUUGUAACGUGUUUUGUGGCUUUUACUGCGCUGCUGGGCCUUGUUUCAGGAAGCGUCUCGCAAUGUUACCAUUGCAACAGCUACUUUUGCGGUGACACCUACAAUGCUCAACUUGGAGCAGUUACCAGUUGCUCAGAUCUUUACAAAAACGCGAAAUUGUACUCCAGCAGGUUGAUAAACCAGGAAACUAGAUUCCGACUUUCUUCAGUGGACUCAGACGACGACAUCGAAACCCUGACUUCUCAAACGCCCAGUGAACCUGAACAAGGCCCAAAUGCCCGAGUCUUCGACAUCAAGAGGAUAUUUUGGGAAAUCUUCAACAAAGGAGAAAUUGACGAAUAUACGGAGUUCGUUUGCGUGAAAGUCAAUUACAAUGAAAGCAGCCAGACGAAGACCUACAGGGGCUGCGUGCCAAAGGCCACAAAGUCCAUUUCAACAGCAUGCGAAUUCGUCAACCAGAAAGUUAUUGGGGCAUCAACUGGCACAAUUUCCAGUUGCCACACUUGCAAUACCAAUCUGUGUAACUCUGGAGUUAAUCUAGGAACUUCCCUCCUAACCAUGGGAGUAGCGCUAGUAUUUAAGUCCCUGCUGUAGAGUAGUUUCGAAGUUCAUAUUAUGUAUAUGUAUGUAUGUAUGGAUGCAUCCAGAAGUUGGCAGUUUUCAAAUUAAACAGUCCUAAACAGGAACAUUCAUCGAGA